GUAGGAAGCCAUGGAAACGUGGCCGUGCGGAGCAGUGUUGAGUGGCUCUAGCCACUGCGCCUCUCAAGCCGAGUUUCCUCCCUGCACCCAGCCCGAGGGAUAUUUGAAGUUUACAGCUGAGGGACAUCUGCGUGGCGCUCCUUCCUGCCCUGGCUAGGGCUUACUCCAGCCGGUCCCCACAUCCUCCCGUCCCCGCCGACAGCCUUCUCAGCCUGCUACUCCCAAGCGGUUCAGCGGUACCCAGGAUAGAAGGACCAGGAGCUGCAGUGGAUAAGUCAGAUGCGGAGCCUACAGCCAGGAGGCGUGGCGGCUCUGGGCGGUGCAGUGUUCCGGGGCGGGGAGGCCGAGGCGCCCGCCCUCCCCCCCGGGGCUCACCUGGGUCAGCCCCGAGCCCUCGAGCAGGACGGAUCGGCCGCUGCCUGCUUAAAGCUGGGGCCGCACAGGAGUGCGAUCGCCUGCGGAUCUGCAGCUGGGCACCGGCCGCAACGCCCGCCCCGCCGACGGCAGGGAAUAAAGGCUCAGGGACUGGCAGUUCUGCUCUGGAGCCCACCAGCCUCUCAGAGCCUCCGGUGACUGGCCUGUGUCUCCCCCAGGAUGGACAUGUGGACGGCGUUGCUCAUCCUGCAAGCCUUGUUGCUACCCUCCCUGGCUGAUGGUGCCACCCCUGCCCUGCGCUUUGUAGCCGUGGGUGACUGGGGAGGCGUCCCCAAUGCCCCAUUCCACACGGCCCGGGAAAUGGCCAAUGCCAAGGAGAUCGCUCGGACUGUGCAGAUCCUGGGUGCAGACUUCAUCCUGUCUCUAGGGGACAAUUUUUACUUCACUGGUGUGCAAGACGUCAAUGACAAGAGGUUCCAGGAGACCUUUGAGGACGUAUUCUCUGACCGCUCCCUUCGCAAAGUGCCCUGGUACGUGCUGGCCGGAAACCAUGACCACCUUGGCAACGUCUCUGCCCAGAUUGCAUACUCUAAGAUCUCUAAGCGCUGGAACUUCCCCAGCCCUUUCUACCGCCUGCACUUCAAGAUCCCACGGACCAAUGUGUCUGUGGCCAUUUUUAUGCUGGACACUGUGACACUAUGUGGCAACUCGGAUGACUUCCUCAGCCAGCAGCCUGAGAGGCCCCGAGACGUGAAGCUGGCCCGCACACAGCUGUCCUGGCUCAAGAAACAGCUGGCGGCGGCCAGGGAGGACUACGUGCUGGUGGCUGGCCACUACCCCGUGUGGUCCAUAGCCGAGCACGGGCCUACCCACUGCCUGGUCAAGCAGCUACGGCCACUGCUGGCCACAUACGGGGUCACCGCCUACCUGUGCGGCCACGAUCACAAUCUGCAGGUGAGGGCCCUGUGGGUGGGGUGGGGGCUGGGUGAGGGGGGUCCCCAUCCCAGCUGAUGUCCACAUGGCUGGGGUCCUCCUGCUGUUUGAGGGGCUCCUGUGGCCUUCAGAAUGUCUAGACUGUCCCUCAAAUCUUGCUGUCUAACCAGGAAAACACUCCGAAGCCAGAAUAAUCUUUGAAUUGCCAAUUUCUUUCUUUCUUUUUUUAAUCUCUUUUUUUUUUUUUUUUUUUUUUUUGGAGACAAGGUCUCACUCACUGUUUUUCGCCCAGGCUGGAGUGCAGUGGUGCAAUCAGGCCUUACUGCAGCCUCAAUCUCCCGGGCUCAGGUGAUCCUCCCACUUCAGCCUCCAGAGCAGCUGACACUACAGGCGUGGGCCACCACGUGCAGCUAAUUUUUGUUUUUUGUUUUUUGUUUUUUUUUGAGAGGGAGUGCAGUGGCACGAUCUCGACUCAUUGCAACCUCUGCCUCCUGGGUUCAAGCAAUUCUCCUGUCUCAGCCUCCCAAGUAGCUGGGAUUACAAGCAUGGGCCACCAAUCCUUGCUAAUUUUUAUAUUUUAGUAGUGACGGGGUUUCACCAUGUUGGCCAGGCUGAUCUCGAACUCCUGACCUCAAGUGAUCUGCCUGCCUCGGCCUCCCAAAGUGCUGGGAUUAUAGGCAUAUGCCACUGCACCCGGCCCUUGUGCAUUUUUUUGUAGAGGCAAGGUCUCACUAUGUUGCCCAGGCUGGUCUCAAAUUCCUGGGCUCAAGCAAUCAACCCCCUCAGCCUCCCAAAGUGCUGGGAUUACAGGCGUGAGCCACCACACCUGGCCACCAAUUUCUUACUAAGUGCUCUACCUAUGAAAUAGGAUUAAUACACUCCUAAAAGUCAGGAAAUUGAAGCCAGGAGGGGUUACAUACCUCAAGGUGACUGUGGUUAGGGCCAGAUCAAGCCCUAGACCUUAGGCAGGGCUCUGCUCAAAGCUGGGUCUCUACUGACCCCUUGUCCUCCAUCCUCAGUACCUGCAAGAUGAGAACGGGGUGGGCUACGUGCUGAGUGGGGCUGGGAAUUUCAUGGACCCCUCGAAGCGGCACCAGCGCAAGGUCCCCAACGGCUAUCUGCGCUUCCACUAUGGGACUGAAGACUCACUGGGUGGCUUUGCCUAUGUGGAGAUCAGCUCCAAAGAGAUGACUGUCACUUACAUCGAGGCCUCGGGCAAGUCCCUCUUUAAGACCAGCCUGCCGAGGCGAGCCAGGCCCUGAACCCCCAUGACUGCCCAGCUCUGAGGCCCGAUCUCCACUGUUGGGUGGGUGGGCCCUGCCGGGAGCCUGCUCACAGGCAAGCUUUUCCUCUGACCUGUGGCGCUGCAGCAGGGCAGGAAGGGGGAACACAGCUGAUGAACUGUGGUGCCACGUGACCCUUGUGGCACAGAUGCCCACGUAUGUGAAACAGACAUGGACAUGUGUCCCAGCCACAGUGUUACGCUCUAUGGCUGGCUCACUUUUGCUGAGUUCCGGGGUGCAACGGGGGAGGGAGGGAAAGCUUCCUCCUAAAUCAAGCAUCUUUCUGUCACUGAUGUUCAAUAAAAGAAUAGUUGCCAAGGCUGAA